AUGGCCUCCACGCUGAACUAUAUCUCCAAAUUCAAGUCCUUCGUGAUACUGUUCAUCACCCCGAUACUGCUGCUGCCACUCAUCAUUCUGAUACCCGCCAAGUUUGUCAGGUGUGCCUAUGUCAUCAUCCUCAUGGCCAUUUACUGGUGCACAGAAGUCAUCCCUCUGGCCGUCACUGCCCUCUUGCCUAUCUUGCUUUUACCGCUCUUCAAAAUUCUGGACUCCAAGCAGGUGAGUAUCCAGUACAUGAAAGACACCAACAUACUGUUCCUGGGCGGCCUUAUCAUGGCAGUGGCUGUGGAGCACUGGAAACUGCACAGAAGAAUCGCCCUGCGCACACUCCUCUGUGUGGGGCCCAAGCCCGCACGGCUGAUGCUGGGCUUUAUGAGCGUCACAGCCUUCCUAUCCAUGUGGAUCAGCAAUACGGCCGCCACGGCCAUGAUGGUACCCAUUGUGGAGGCCAUACUGCAGCAGAUGGAGGUCACAAGGACAGCCACUGAGCUGGAGCUGGUGGACAAGGGCAAGGACAGCGAGUUGGCAGGGAACCAAGUGAUUCUUGAAGAUCCGGCCACGAAGCAGAGGGAGGACAAGGAGAGAAAAAACAUGUGCAAGGCCAUGACAAUAUGCGUGUGCUACGCAGCCAGCAUCGGCGGCACUGCCACCCUGACCGGAACGGGACCCAAUGUGGUGCUCCAGGGCCAGAUGCAUGAGUUGUUUCCUGACAGUAGAGACGUCGUGAACUUUGCUUCUUGGUUUGCAUUUGCCUUCCCCAAUAUGCUGAUAAUGCUGCUGCUUUCCUGGUUCUGGCUCCAUUGUUUUUUUAUGGGAUUCAAUUUUAAAAAAUUCUGGACUUGCGGAAUAGAGAGAGAUGAUAAUGAGAAGAUGGCCUAUGAGAUGCUGCAGGAGGAAUACAAGAAGCUGGGGCCCUUCUCCUUUGCUGAGACCAAUGUCCUGCUGUGCUUCCUGCUGCUGGUGGUCCUGUGGUUCUUACGCGACCCUGGCUUCAUACCCGGCUGGCUGUCCAUUGCCUGGGUGGAGGACAAGACCAAGUACAUCUCUGAUGCCACCGUGGCCAUCUUUGUAGUCAUCUUACUAUUCAUUGUGCCUUCGCAGAAGCCCACGUUCAACUUCUGCAACCAGCCUGAGGAAGAAAGAAAAACUCCGUUUUGUCCCCCUGCACUGUUGAACUGGAAGGUGACCCAGCAGAAAGUUCCCUGGGGCAUUGUGCUCCUGCUGGGGGGUGGAUUUGCUCUGGCGAAAGGAUGCGAGGCCUCGGGGCUGUCUGAGUGGAUGGCGGAUCAGAUGGUACCCUUGCAGGCAGUGCCCCCAACAGCCAUCACUUUGAUCUUAUCCUUGCUUGUUGCCGCGUUCACUGAGUUUACAAGCAAUGUGGCCACCACCACCCUGUUCCUGCCCAUCUUUGCCUCCAUGGCAUGCUCCAUUGGCCUCAAUCCGCUAUACGUCAUGCUCCCCUGUACCCUGAGUGCAUCCUUUGCCUUCAUGUUGCCUGUGGCCACUCCACCUAACGCCAUUGUGUUUGCCCAUGGACGCCUCAAGGUUUCUGACAUGGUGAAAACAGGACUAAUGAUGAACAUCAUUGGAAUCUUAUGCGUGUUUUUGGCUGUCAACACCUGGGGAAGGGUCAUAUUUGACUUGGAUCAUUUCCCUCACUGGGCUAAUGUGACAUGUAUGAAGACUUAG